AUGGAAAACUCUAACGAGUGCAAUGAGAAGGAGAGGCUGAAGAUGAGGGUUGCUGUUUUAGAAGAGAGUGUGAAGUCCAGUGAGGUGGAGUGCAAAGCCAGCAGAGAGACGGUGCUGAGGCUGGUGGCAGAGCUGGACCAAGAGAAGAGGAAGGCUGCAAGCAGUGUAGCAGCACUUGAUUCACUCAAAGUGGAGCUUGAUGGUCUGGCUGUUGGGAGAAGAAGUGUCGAGAUGGAGAAGCAGACCCUAACUGAAAGACUUGAGGCCAGUAAGAGAGUGAUAGAGGCAGCCAGGCGAGAGUCACGCUGUCUGGAGAACCAGGUGGAGGAGCUUGAAAGAAGGACCCAAGAAGCUGAGGGCAACCUGCAGGCAUUCUUGGAAAAGUUGGUCGGCCUCCUGGAGAAGAAGUGUGAGGACGUCAUCCUGCCCACAGAGAGAGAUGUUCUACAGACACUGGAUAACCUCUGCAAUAAGGUGAGGAACAGCUUGCCAGAGGUGGAAAUGAGGCUGCGUUGUGUUUCUGAAAAGCUGAGUGAGCAGACAGAGCUUCAUCACAGUGCACAACAGAGGGCUCAGCUUGCAGAGCAGCAAGUCCAAGACCUGAGGGGAAGACUGCAAUGUCUGGAGGCCGAACUGCUGACAGCAGACAUGCAUCGUGACCGAUUGCAACACAGCAAACAGGAUUAUGAGGAAUUCUUGGAGCAGCUGUCCAAGACGAUGAAGGUUGAGGACUUUGACAUUGAUCUUGACUUCGAAAUGAAGCUAAAAUUCAUUCUGUCACGUGCCGAACAACUUGUUAGACAAGAGGGAACUGCUUUAGUUGAGAGUAAAAGUCUGACUUACAGCUUACAACGGAAGUUGAAAUCACAGAAGGAACAAAUAGAGAGCAAAGGACUCCACAUCCAACUACUGAGGAAAAAGGUUUCAGAGCUGGAGGAGGAGAAGAGGACCCGAUCAGCAUUGGCUGCGGAACAAAAUGAUGCACAACUACAGGCUGCGAGGCUGCAGAAAAAACUGGAGCGUCUUCAAAGUGAACUGAAAGCAACCAAGCUUUCCAACACUGAGCUCAAGGCCCAGCUCUCCCAUACCAGCGAGCUCAAGCUGAAAGUCGCGCAACAGACUCAGACCAUGCAGGAGCAGAAAAAGAAGCUGGAUCUGGUGGCGAAUGAGAAGGCAAAGGUGGAGAAAAAGCUGAGCACAGUUAGCUCAGACCUGCAAAGCCAAGAGAAGAAGACAAAAGACGACCUACAGGAACUCCUCGCCCUCAGACAGAGCCUGGCUCAGCUGUCUGAGAGGCAGAGAGAGUUGGUGGAUUUCCGCAUGCUGGUUUCUCAAACGUUGGGCCUGGAUGCCACAGCGUUGGCUCUUCCAAAUUAUGAAAUCAUCAAAUUACUUGAAACCCUUCUUCAUGGCCAUUGUCACCGUCACCACCUACAUCACCAUGUUAACAUACCCCGGCACUGCUCUACUCACCAGAGACCUCACCUGCAACAAGUCCAAGAACUAUCCGAUGGCUCCAACCUGGAUGUUACCACCUGCAGAUCUCACGAAACUUAA